UAUUAUCAGUUAACGGUUAGAUUAAAAGUAAUUGGGAGAUAUCUAAGUACAUUGUUCAAAUAUUGAUUCAAUAUUUUGUGGCUAAAAUAUUUUCAGUAUAGUUUCGAACUUCAUUCGAGUCACAAUUAAAAUAAAAAUUUCACUGCUGCCGUUAUCAGACAUGUCUUUAAGAAAACGAUUGUUGUUUGCAUUUACACUUUUCGUGGCAAUUUAUCGGAGUGAAGCAUCUGAAGUGAAUGAUAAAUUUACCGAAUUUGAAGUUGUCCCAGAUAUUCUUGAUACGUUGCCAGACGACUUAAAGUCCCUGAACAUAACAUAUGAAACGGGCUUAAAAGUUUCUCUGGGUAAUGAACUGAAACCUUCUGAGGUAGAAAAAGCACCAACUGUCGGAUGGAACCUAAUUGAUGGCGGUUACUAUGCUUUAUUGAUGACAGAUCCUGACGCACCAUCACGUGUAAACGCGACAAGAAGAGAAAUCAGACAUUGGUUGGUUGUCAACAUUGUCGCGAAUAAUUUAACAUCUGGCGAAGAAGUUGUUAGUUAUCGUGGAUCGGGACCUCCUGAAGGAACAGGUUUACAUCGAUAUAUUUUCCUUCUUUUCAAACAAAAUUCUACAAUUGCUUUGGAUACUGCCAAUCUACCAAACUCGGAAACCGAUCGUGCAUUAACUUCAACUAGAAAUCUGAUGGGAAAUUUCACUUUGACAUUGGUUGGAGGUGAUCUUUUCCAAGCGCAAUAUGAAGGAAAUGCUGGAAUGAUUUCAACCAACAUUUCUCUCAUUUUUGGAUUAGUAUUGGCUCAAAUUUUGUACACAUUUUACGAAAAAUAAUCAACAUUCGGUGUGAAAAUACUUAACAGAAUUGAAAUUCAUAAAUAUUCCACAUUGAAAAUAAAUUUGAUUUUAUUACAAUAAAUGCA